GCUGGAUGUUGCUGAAGACGAUCAAGAGUCGAAUUCGAGUGCGAGUCUUUGGUGCUAGAGCGGGAGGGUGGGCGAUCCGAGUGCCAGAUGUGGACGAGAGAAGCAGCGGAAUCGAUGGCUGCAGAUUCGGGGCCAGUGGGCAGAGGCGGCUCGAGUCUUCCGACGGGAGGAUUGAGGAGGGACACGAAGAGCUCUGAGUGAUGUGAUGCCAUUCUGGUAGAGAAAAAGAAGGGAUUCUGCUCUUGGGAUCGCGCGAGGUCCCUGGGGCCAGCAAGCGCCCAGCUUGCCGAGCGGGCUCUCUGACGUCGAAGGUGCUGCCGCCUCUGUGUGUUUAUCUCUGUGUCUCUGUGUUCUAGGCGGUUGUUGGCGGAGGGACGAGGGAGAGGAGUGGCGUUAUGUCUGUCUGCUUGACAAGUUGGUACUCUUUGUGGGUCAUAAGUUGGGAUUUCCUUCCGCCCGUGGCACUGUUUCUGUCGGCGUGAGAAGAGCAAGUUUUCCAGCUCAAGAGCCGUGAGAAAGAGCCGGGGUGGCCUGUUGUAUUUCCCGAGGAGAUGAAUGUACAAACUGCAUAAAAACUGCAUCUCCUUGAUGCUCCGGAAUGAUGAGGACAUGGACUGGAUUUCGAAUCGGGAACGGACUGAACACCGGAAGAAUCCUCUCCGGUUGUCACUACAUCCCCAUCAGAGACCAUGAGUCACCUCGUUCCCGACUGGGAUGGUAACGGUGGAGACUUAGAAGCUGUUUUACCCACAAGCGAUUUCUCACUGCCGGUUAAGGGAAAGUGGGACUCAUUGCCCCAUAAAAGGUCGCACUUGUCUGGUUUGGCCUUCGUGCCAACCCACGAUGCUGGCGAAACUGAGUGGGCAGAGGAAAGUCAUAUUGUAGCUAUGCAGAACCAAAGCGGGAAGGGCAACAAGGCUAUGUGGCAGCAGAUGAAUUUCCAGAAUGGGUGGUCGAGUGUGCCAGAGUCUGAGGAUGCCGUUACUCCUGUGAAGCCCAUCAGCUCGUCGUCUCCGGGGAAGGAGCCGGUUCUUGUCAAUGAGCCCGCGGUCGACACGCACCACUCCAGUGCCCUCAACAUGCAGGAAGACGAGAUGGUGUGCUGGCUGCAGUAUCCGUUGGACGAACACCUCGAAAGAGACUACUGUUCCGAGUUCUUCGGCGAGCUGCCCAACUCCAACAUAUCGAACAUGCAGCUGAUGAAGGAUUCAUUCGCAGGGCAAAAUCAAGUAGCGGGGCGCAACAACAGGAAUCCAGGUCCCGUUAACGUAGGGAGUAACAGCAGAAUGUCUAGUGCGGAUGCGGCGAUGGCCAUGGGAGCGGGGCGAGCUGCCGGUUUGUUGCCUCAGACAGGGGUGGAGGUUUUUACCAAAGUUCGGACCACUUUGCAACCCUACGGAGGAAAGUGGUCCCCAAAUCAGAACAACGCCGGGAAAACGCUGGGAGCGAUGACCUCGACCCUGGCUCCGAGCCCGUCAAGAUCCCCGCCGAUGUCUGGGAACUUGUCGACCCCCAUGCUCCCCCCGAAGUCUCAGGGACUCAGCUUCCAGCCUCCCAGAACCUCAGGCCCGAUGAAUUUCUCGCAUUUCUCUCGCCCUGCGGCUGUGAUGAAGGCCAAUCUCCAGUGCCUAGGAAUGUCUCACGUGGCCCCUCCGCACGGGAGCGGGACGAACGUCCGGCUCAAGAGCCAACCCUACAGCGGGAAGCCACCCGUCGACGCAAGCACGUCGACGGGGUCCUCCAUUGCAGAGUCAACCACCACGAGGCAACGCAGCGGCGCUUUCCGCAAGGAUACCGAAUGCCAAGUCGAAGGUUCCGAAGCUCAACAGAGUCUAGGAACCGAAUCGAGCUGGCCUUCGAUGCAGAAUUCGCUGUCGGGCAAGGACACCGACGCUGUCAAUUCCUCCGUGGAUGGUGUGGACUGCGAUUCGAAGCCCGGUAUAGCGGAUGUGGACAAUUGCAGGAAUUCUAGCAUCACAGGUAGUGGCGGUUUAGGAACUGAAAAGCAUCAGUCUCAAGGAGCAGAAGUGCAGGAAGCUCCCGAACCCACCAUUACCUCGUCUUCUGGUGGGUCCGGUAAUAGUGCAGAUAGAGGGAAAGAGGCCGCAUCUAGUGGCAAGAGAAGAACCAGGGAAGGAGAGGAGUCCGAGUGCCAGAGCGAAGUGAGUAACUUGUUGCAACCCCAAGGGAGUCAAGUUGGUGCAGUAGCCCACAGGCAAGAUGGCGAGGACGAGAUGGCCCAGCAAAAGAAACCUCAACAGAGAGGCUCCACCACUAAGAGGAGCAGGGCCGCGGAAGUCCACAACCUUUCCGAGCGAAGGCGAAGAGAUCGUAUCAACGAGAAGAUGAAAGCUCUGCAAGAGCUGAUCCCCAAUUCCAACAAGACGGACAAAGCAUCGAUGCUGGAUGAAGCGAUCGAGUACUUGAAGAUGCUCCAGUUGCAACUGCAGAUGAUGUCCAUGAGAAGUGGAAUGAGCAUCCCCUCUAUGGUGAUGCCGGCGGGAAUGCAACACCUUCAAAUCCCGCAAUUGCCCCAAAUGGGCCCAAUGCCUCCCAUGGGAAUGGGAAUGGGCAUGGGUAUGGGCAUGGGCCCGAUGGGAAUGGGAAUGAGUAUGAUGGACAUGGGAGGCGGAGCUCCCGGUCGACCGAUGAUACCCCUUCCGUCUCACAGUGGGCCUUCUCACUCUCACAACGUAUCUGCAACCUCACCAGCUGUUUCUAUGGUAGACACUCAUGACCACCGCCUGCAAAACCCGAGCGUCAUGGAGUCACUGAACGUCUUCAUGGCGCAACACCGGCAAAUGCAAAUGGCUCCUCAGCCGAUGAGUAUGGAUGCAUUCAGUGCAUUCAUGAUUCAUCAGCACCAGCAGCAACACCAGCAGCAGCAUCAACAACAUCAGCUCCAACACCAACACCAGCAUUCGCUCCAUCAUCUUCCGAGCAGCAUGGGCGGUGGAGCCCCCCAAUGAAGAGCGGGCCAAAUUCUCGGUGGAUCUUGAUUUCCACGCUUGCUUUCCAUUUGUCAUGCCAUUUCGCAUUGGAGGCCAGCGAUCUGUCAACAACUAUCUGCUGUUCCGCUCUCGGAGAGCGUAAUAUACUCAGCUGCAGGCGUGGCUGUGAGUCUGACAGCCAUCGUCGGGCAUCAGGACACGAUACAGCUGAAGGUGAAGGCGAAGGCCGAUGGAGGUGUGGUCCGGUGCAUCAUUGGUUUCCACCUCUUAGUUUUGUAGUCUAGUUGGGGGAUAUGUAAACAUCAUGAUCUCAGGUUGGAAAGUAUGAUUCUACUAGGACCGGAUCUUGUGUAGGUGCCUUCAACCAGGCCGCAGCAGUGUUGAAGGCGUGUAUUAGAACGCAGAAUUGGAUGAUAUGUAUCAAGAAGGUCCUCGCUGCCCUCGCAUUAGCGGCGUGCUGCGGUGCCAUGCGGGGCCAGGGUCAGGGCCAGGGCGUUUCGCCUCUGUACUUUUAUCAGCAAGCAUAAUUGCAUCUUCUAACUAGCCUUAGCGAGGCGAGGUUUUGAGGAUUAGUAGUUUUAGAAGAAGGAAGUGUCCGUAGUGCUGUCAUUCCAGGGCCGGACCUUCUUCAAUUGUUGCGGAUCGGGAUACUAUGGCGCCGAAGUUUGCGCUCCGGCUUACGCUGUUCUCGUUGUGGAUUUGGAGGGAACUCGUGUUGCCGGAAGCAGAUUUCUAGUCGAAAGCCUGCCGCCCGAAAUGUGCCAUGUUUAAUUGUCGAUAAGGUUCAAGUUAAAUGUUGGAUUACAUUCAUUGUUCUCCGUUGGCUCAAGGCGAGCCACUUGUAAAAAGAAAUGCCAAGUUUACCAACUUGAGACUCCUUGCACGC